CUUGAAUUGCAUAUCCGUCAGAAAUGAAAUUAAAGUUGUUUUCUCUAAAACCCUAAAACCUCUCUCUCUCUCUCUCAUUCUCGCUCAACAUUUGCAGAGCUUCAACGUAAACGAAAAUGUCGGCACUUCAACUUCAACUUAGAAACCCAAGCGAACUGCUAUCGUCAUCUUCUUCUGCGUCUUCAUUUCAAUACAAGUCACUUACACAAUCUGUCCCUAUCAUAACAUGUUUACCUGCCAACAAUGAGCGAAGGAAUGUCUAUAGAAGACACCGUUCUGGGUCCUGGAGGGUGAGCUGUUCUUUUGCGCCGAUGGAGUCCGCGAAGAUAAAGGUGGUUGGUGUUGGCGGGGGCGGCAACAAUGCUGUUAAUCGGAUGAUUGGAGCAGGUUUGCAUGGGGUGGAUUUCUAUGCAAUAAAUACGGAUUCUCAGGCACUAUUACAAUCUGCUGCGGAGAACCCGCUUCAAAUUGGAGAACUCUUGACUCGUGGUCUAGGUACGGGAGGAAAUCCACUUCUCGGGGAGCAAGCUGCAGAGGAAUCGAAAGACACCAUUGCGAAUGCUCUUAAGGGUUCGGAUCUUGUCUUCAUAACAGCUGGUAUGGGUGGUGGGACAGGUUCUGGUGCUGCCCCAGUUGUUGCUCAGAUAUCAAAGGAGGCAGGUUAUCUGACUGUUGGCGUGGUUACCUAUCCUUUCAGCUUUGAAGGACGUAAAAGAUCUCUUCAGGCUUUGGAGGCUAUUGAAAAGUUACAAAAGAAUGUUGAUACUCUAAUAGUGAUACCCAAUGAUCGUUUGCUUGAUAUUGCUGAUGAGCAAACACCACUUCAAGAUGCUUUUCUACUUGCAGAUGAUGUUUUACGCCAAGGGGUGCAAGGAAUUUCAGACAUAAUCACGAUACCUGGACUGGUCAAUGUGGAUUUUGCCGAUGUAAAGGCAGUAAUGAAAGAUUCUGGAACUGCAAUGCUUGGGGUAGGGGUUUCCUCCAGCAAAAAUCGUGCAGUAGAAGCAGCUGAACAAGCAACAUUGGCUCCCCUAAUUGGAUCGUCAAUCCAGUCUGCUACUGGAGUAGUAUAUAACAUUACUGGAGGAAAGGACAUAACCUUGCAGGAAGUAAAUAGAGUUUCUCAGGUUGUGACAAGUUUGGCAGAUCCUGCUGCUAACAUAAUAUUUGGGGCUGUUGUGGAUGACCGAUAUAACGGAGAAAUUCAUGUGACAAUCAUUGCGACAGGCUUCUCGCAGUCAUUUCAGAAGACACUUCUAACAGACCCAAAGGCAGCAAGAUUGCAAGAUAAAGCAGCCGGGGGUCAAGCUAGUAAUGGAAUACCCCUCCCCCUCAAGUCCCAAACCUCACCUUCAACUGUCCCGUCCAGACCGUCCCAACGGAGACUCUUCUUCUGAUUUCGUUCCUCAUUUUCGUUGAUUGGCCGUGUAACGAUCUUUAAGCUAAGUUACAUCAGAUGUAAUUUUUUGCUGUGCUUGUUUAAUUUGUGUGUUAUGAUCUUCAAUCUAUUGUCAUGAACAACAAUUAUGCCCUAGAAAACUAGUAUCAUUUAUAUUGUGAAUAUACUCAUUGGUUAUCAAUGUAACAUGCUAAUGACCAUCA